GGAGAGUUGAGCUCCACGCAUCUCGCUUCUUUAAGCGGGGAGGCGAAGUCGAGGCCGUGGAGCCUCGCCAUUUGCGCCAACUCGGUCGCCAACUCGGUCGCGUUCGGGCGAGUGGCGACGAGCCGGGAUCAACUCGGCGUCACUUCAGUGGAAAAAGAAAACGAAAAGACCGGAGGACAGGAGUCAAAUCUCGUUCCCCCUCGGCCGUCGCCGGAUCCGCUGCCGCCGAUCUCUCGGCGGCGCCGCCGGUGUUCAGCUCCGGUGGACUACGGCGAGCCGGAGAUCCGCCGCCCCGCUCGGCAUUGCCCUCUCCCGAGGGAAGCGCUCCGGGAUGCGGACGGAGGGGCUCGGGGGGGACUCGAUCUGCUGAUUGAGCGGUUCAGGCUGGUUCCGCUCCCUCUCUGGUGAACAUGGACCCGAACGCGCCUAGCGCUGUCGAUUUCCUCAUCGCAAUCUACUUCGCCGUCGCCUUCGUCGCCGCUCGCUUCUUCUUCGACAGAUUCCUCUUCCGAAGGCUUGCCAUCUGGUUGCUGCGCGAUGGUCCUACUCCACUUAAGAUGGACGAGGCUAUUCAAGCGAAGGUCAGUAAGAUCUCGGAAUCUAUGUGGAAGUUAACGUACUAUGCUACUGUUGAAGUGUUUGUUCUGUCGAUCGCCUACGAAGAGCCAUGGUUUAGAGACACAAAAGAGUAUUUCAGAGGCUGGCCCAAUCAAGAACUGAAGCUUUCUCUUAGGCUUUUCUACAUGUGCCAAUGUGGUUUCUACAUCUACAGCAUCGCUGCCCUACUUACAUGGGAGACUCGAAGAAAGGAUUUUGCUGUCAUGAUGUCUCAUCAUGUAAUAACUGUCAUCUUGAUUGGUUAUUCCUUCUUGACGAGGUUUUUCCGGGUAGGCUCUAUUAUUCUUGCCCUGCAUGAUGCCAGUGAUGUUCUGAUGGAAGCUGCAAAAGUCUUUAAGUAUUCUGAGAAGGAGUUCAGAGCAAGCCUGUGCUUUGCAUUAUUUGCCAUCUCAUGGCUUGUACUAAGGCUUAUAUUCUUCCCCUUUUGGAUCAUCAAAGCAUCAAGCUAUCACCUAUGUGAAGUUUUGCCCCUAUCAGAAACCUAUGGCAGUGCAAUGUACUACAUCUUCAAUACGAUGCUUCUGACUCUGCUUGUGUUCCAUAUUUACUGGUGGGUUCUUAUAUUCGCAAUGAUAAUGAAGCAGCUAAGAAACAGAGGCAAAGUGGGAGAAGAUAUUAGAUCUGAUUCGGAGGAUGAUGACUAGAUGGAAGUCUUGGCUCAUCCAAAUGUGUUCCUGAUGAGGAAGCUAGUUACGGGAGCGUGGCAUCGUUGCCUCUCUUGUUCUUGUUGGUCGGCCAUUUGUCAUUGAUUGCAAGAGUUGAAAAUUCUAUGGUCCCUGAUUUUUGUUCGGCCCCUUUUGGGACAGGUAGGGUAACGGAGGAAAAAUCUUUUAUUUUCUUUCCCCUUGGGGUAUAUAAAUCAUAGGUUAUUCCUUGUGUAAUCUCCUUCCACUCAUGUGAUAGACAGAUUCAAUUAAUUGAGAUUAUCCCAACAUGGACAGGAAGAGACAACCGGCGUCCUUUUGGGAGAGUUGUUUUUUCCUUCA